AUGGGAGCAACACAUUCGUCGAAAGGUGUUCGAAGAGCUGAUCACGUCGAACUUUUGCAAACACUCGAAAAAAGGAGCUUUGGUUCUGUUUUACGUACCUACAACAAGAGUUUUUUGGGAUUCGCAGCACUUUUGUCAAAGGAAGAAGCUAGAUCAAUGGAAGGAAGUCGUGGAGUGGUGUCUGUUUUUCCAGACUCAGUUUUACAACUCCACACGACUCGUUCUUGGGAUUUUUUGUGGAAGCAAGAUGCUUUAAGAAUUAUCAAUAAAACAACGACUACUACUACCACAUUAUCUCCUCCUUCUUAUACAUCAAAUUGUUCAUCCAAAAAUGACGACACUAUCAUUGGGAUCUUAGAUUUAGGAAUUUGGCCUGAAGCUCCUAGUUUCAGGGCCACUCGAAACAUGCGUCAUAUCCCAAAGCGUUGGAAAGGAGAAUGCAAGGGAGGACUAAAUUUUACUUGCAACGGGAAAUUGAUUGGAGUAAGGUACUAUGAGAAUAAAAACGCUCCAGGAGAUACCACAUCAGGUAGGGACGAGUACGGCCACGGAACACACACUGCAUCAACUGCGGCCGGUAUGCCCGUCGGUGGAGCAUCAUACUAUGGGUUGGCCGAGGGGACCGCAAGAGGUGGAUCCCCAAGUGCAAGAAUCGCAAUGUAUCGUGUUUGCGGAACUAAUUAUUGUUCAAUAUCAAAAUUCCUCAAAGCAAUUGACGACGCAAUUGAUGAUGGGGUCAAUGUGUUAUCCAUAUCAUUAAGCUCGGAUGAAGAAAAUUUUCUCACUAAUCCAAUUAUUCUUGGAGCCUUCCAUGCUGUGCUUAGAGGGAUCACCGUUGUGUGCUCCACGGGGAACGGCGGCCCUGAUGGUGGUACGGUUUUCAAUUAUGCCCCUUGGAUAUUAACUGUUGGUGCAACCACUAUCGAUCGCGAAUUCGAGGUCGAUAUUGUAUUGGAUGGGAGAACAGUGAUUAAGGGUGGAGGCAUAAACUUUUCCGGCCUCAGUAAAACUGCCAUUUAUCCUUUAAUAUAUGGAGCAAGUGCAGCUUCCAACCACCAUAAUCCACACAAUGCAAGGUACCAUUGUUACCCAGGUUCAUUAGAUCCCCGCCAAGUGAAGGGAAAAAUACUUUUAUGCAUACAUGACGACGACGACGACUAUCGACCAACAGAAAAGUUCGAGUCACUAAAAACACAAGGUGGCGUUGGUAUUAUAAUGAUUAAUGACGAUUAUCGCCAAGAGCCGCUUUCUCUUAGAACUUAUGCAAUUGUCUUUGUGAGCAAAGAAGAUGGAGCUCAAAUACGAACUUAUAUCAACUCAAACAGGAAAGCACUGGCGACAAUUUUACCGACGGCAACCAUCCUGAAUACCAAACCAGCACCUGUUGUUGCAAUAUUUUCUGCAAGAGGCCCACCACCUGGCAUUCCAAAUCUUAUCAAGCCUGAUGUUGUCGCACCUGGUGUUGGCAUCCUCGCAGCGUGGCCACCAUUAGAUGAUUAUCACAAGAUCAACGGUAGGGAUCCACCCGGCUUCGCUAUACUUUCAGGCACAUCAAUGUCUUGCCCACAUGUUUCCGGGCUCGCCGCACUUGUCAGAUCUCAAUAUCCCAAAUGGGGUCCCUCGGCUAUCAGAUCGGCGAUAAUGACGACAGGUUACAUGAUAUAA